GUGCUGCGCUGACGACGACGGUCGCUCAGCUUCACACCACCAUGUUCGUCGCCAUCUGGUCUGCGCUGCUGCUGUUCUUCGGCGGGCUAUAUGCGCUCGUGCAGACUGCACUCGUCGGGCGGCCAAAUUGGUCGUCGAGGAUGCCGUGGUCGAACUCGGAUUUCCCUCCCCCUCCGCCUGAUCAAGGGCAGCACCCUGCGCAGGAUCCCAUACAGGCGAACCCUCCGACGGUCGCGGCGGACUGCUUCCCCGGGCUAGGCUUUAAGAUGCCGGACAAUGUACCGAGUACAACGGAAGGCUGGUGGUGCGACUACGCGGACGAGUAUGCGUUCGUGGGCUUCAGCUACGAGGUCACCGCCUGUCAGUCUCUUGCACGUUUAACGCGCGAGUUCAAGGACAUUCGGACGCGCUUCAAUGGCCGCUAUGUGCGCUUGUAUGGCGCUUGCGAUCGCGAGAAUUUCUAUGACGACGUCGUCGAGGCUGCCUGGGAGGCAAAUGUUGGGGUGCAUGCGUUGGUUUGGUUCGGCUUCGACGGCACCGACGAAUGGAAAGGCCGGCGCGACGCGGUCUUCAACACCAUACAGAACAACCCCAAGGCGCGCUUUGUGACCCGGGUGUUGCAGUUUGGCUCCGAACCGCUCUAUGAUUGGGUUCUUACGCCGGAACAACUCGCCGCGCAAGUGACGAAGGCGAAGAAGGUGCUGAAUCCACUGGGCGUGAAUGUGACGAUCUCGGAGAUGGCCUACGGCUACCAGGAGCACGACAACGCGAAGCCGGUGAUGGAUGCGAUAGACCUUAUUGACGCGCAUAUGCUCCCGUUCUUUGCGCAGGAUACGAGUACGGCUAACAAGAGCUGGCCGCUUGUCAUCCGUGAUAUCAACUGGUUCUUGGAGAAUGGGCAGGGAAAGAAGAUGUACCUGAGUGAGAAUGGCUGGCCGUCUGAGACCUCCGAGGGCGUGCAGCCCAACAGCCCUGAUGCGGUUGCGGACGUGCAGAAUGAGCAGGACUACUUUGCCCUCCUCGACCGCCGCUGCCCGUAUUUUAAGCGGAUGUCCAUCGGCUGGUUCGCGCAUAUAUAUGCGGAGUACAUGGAGCCCGGGUACGGCGUGUAUGGGCUGAAGGAUGGGGAGAAGAAGGGUGCAGGCGACGAUGAACCCAUUGAGGAAAUGGUCGUGGAAGGCGGUCCAUACGGUCCUGCCGGCCACGGGGGUAAGGGUGGUAAGAAGAAAGCGGGCGGGGUGGGCGACUUGAAGAUUGCGUUUGCGCCGAGGACGGAGUGUUGAGGGGGUCGGGACUGGUGAUAGAGCGAGGAGAGGGCGACAUGGAUGGAAGGGAGUUGUCAUGGCUUUCGCCUUCGUGGAUACUGACUGAACAUUCACUACUUUAGUAGUUGGAGCUGUACUUGUAAGGGAAGUUAUGUCUCGCUAUGUACAUGGGGCUUGAGGCAGGGUAGGUUUGGCGUCCAGCAAUUCUGGUGGUAAGGACGCGUGGGCCCACUUGCUGUCUCCGGCAAGUGCCGAGGACUCGUUCAGUCACGUCACGAACGCGCUUUGUCACGGUCGCCCCAGACUUGGCCCGCGUCUCUAUCUGCUGCCCGCCCAGACUGGCACUGCUGAUUAACAACAAUGGCAAGG